AUGCCACCGACUCUCCCAACUCGCCAAUUGGGCAAAGAUGGACCUCAAGUGACUGCUCUGGGAUUUGGUCUGAUGGGUUUGUCGAUCUUCUAUGGGAAAAAGCUGCCGGAUGACCAGAGGCUGAAGUUUUUGGACCACGUCUUCGAGUCAGGAGAGGCCUUUUGGGAUUCUUCUGAUGUGUAUGGAGAUAGCGAGGACUUGCUUGGCCAGUGGUUCAAGAAGACAGGCAACAGAAGCAAGAUCUUCUUGUGCACCAAGUUUGCCAACGUCCGGCAACCUGAUGGCACAUCAAAGGUCAUCAACGAUCCGGCAUAUAUUCGAGAGGCAUGUGCCAAAUCUCACAGGCGACUUGGACUAGAGCCGGGCGACGCCAUCGAUCUGUAUUAUUGCCAUCGUGUCGACCGGAACCAGCCGAUCGAGAUCACAGUGCGGACAAUGGCCGAGUUGAAGAAGGAAGGCAAGAUCCGCUAUCUCGGAUUGAGCGAGUGCUCUGCUGAAACGCUUCGACGAGCGUGCAAGGUGCACCACAUUGCUGCCGUCCAAGUCGAGUAUUCGCCAUUUUCCAUGGAUAUUGAGCACAACGACCUCCUGAAAACGUGUAGAGAACUGGGAGUCGCCGUGGUCGCCUAUUCGCCCUUCAGUCGUGGGUUUCUGACCGGCACGAUCAAGUCGCACGACGAUUUCGACCCGGAGGACCGACGCCGCAUGAUGCCCCGGUACUCGCAGGAGAACUUCCACAAGAACAUGGAAUUAGUGCACGCGAUUUCCAGCAUCGCGGAGAAGAAGAAAGUCACACCAGGUCAACUGACGCUGGCAUGGUUGAUGGCUCAGGGGGACGACAUUAUCCCUAUCCCCGGCACGACUAAAGCGAAGAACUUUGACGAGAAUAUGGCCAGUUUGCAGAUCAAGCUGACGCCGGAAGAAGAAAAAGAGAUCAGACAGAAGGUCGAGGCGGCGGAGAUCACGGGUGACCGGUAUCCUGCAGCCAUGACGAGGCAUCUGUACGCAGACACUGUCCCUCUACAGGAAUGA